UGCAAUGGGCAGAUCACUCCCACGCAUGCUGUCUACCUGACAUGGGAACAGCGAUCCCAAGAAACUUCCCCGGCUCAAACCAGAAGGCAAAACACAACGCAUCUGCUCCUUCCCAGCCAAGCAGCCCCAAGACUGGCAUCGCCAGGAGACCCUUCAGUAGCCAUGCUGGCUGGAGGCUUAUCUCCAACCAAACCGGCCACCCCUGAAGUCCAGGCCAUCACUAGUCAGAUGAAGGGCCAGCUGGAGGCCAAAGUCAACCAGAACUACUCCACAUUCGAGGCCAUUUCCUACCGUCCGCAGGUGGUGGCUGGCACAAACUACUUCAUUAAGGUCCGAGUUGGGGAUGGGGAGAGCGACUAUGUCCACCUGCGGGUGUUUCGGGCCCUGCCAGUUGAAGGCGGGCAAGUUGAACUGGCCGGGUACCAACUGCACAAGACCAAGGAUGACCCCAUCACCUACUUCUAGAGCCAGAAGAGCCACCCAGGAGGAUGCAACAGGCUCCCUCUCUGGAAGCCAGGACUGCAAAUAAAUGUCUUACUAGUCUUCUGCAAUGCCGAUGCCGCAAGACUCUUGGUUGUUUUUGCUGCAGAAGACUGUGACACACACACACACACACACACACACACACCCUUGGAAAUCACCUUAAAGGUUGUCUGGGAGGACAGGUGGAACUGGUUGCCAGAGAGGCUCUCAGAGCAUAUGCAGGAACUCCUUGGCGUUUGCAGCAUGCAUGUAUGUGUUUUAUUUUUUUACCUUGGCAUUAGUGCACCUUAAGCAAAUCCGAGUUGGUCUUCCACACAGAAGACUAGGAAUGGGAAGGGCAGCCAUGAAAUAACUAGACAGAGUCCUAAAGAGCAAAGAGAU